GCAGUUUAGGGCGAGUGGGAACGACGGUCGGUUGUUGGCGACGAGCGGUCCGCCGAGGCUGAGUGAAAAGUACCUCGCGGGGGUUGGGAAAAGAAAGAAAAACAAAAGCUCCCGUGGGUCGACAAUAGACGAUCAGGUUACCAUUGUUGUCAUCAGCAUCUUGACGUUGCCAGAGACAAAAAAAUAAAUAAAGAUAGCGCUCUGUUGUGUAAUGUUUGAGAUGUUUAAUGAAUGUCUCAUUUUUUUUGUGUUUUGAAACUUAUAGACGAUGAUAACAAUCCACUCCGUUCUGAUGCGGUUUGCUCGCCGCUUGUGAUUCGGAAACUACGCCUCAUGGCGUUAAUUUGGUGUUGCUUUACACAAAAGUGCUUCGGGUCACUGAACGAUAAUGAAGUCAAGUUUUUUCCUGAGAAAUGACAAACAUUUUAGCCCGGCAUCGAACUUUUGCUCUGAAACAAAGGUUCUUCUGGUGAUCUGAAUUGACCAGGGUCGCUGACCAAUCUGUAAUCUAGCCAAGUUAUGGCGAGCGUCAUAGCAGUGCCAGAGGUCAUGAGUAUGGAAAGUGAGAGUGCGUCCUCUGCUGGCCAAGCGACGCCCGCGCCCUUCGAAGAGCCUCUGUCUCCAGAGGGACAGAAGUGUCUGCAGGAUCACUGGAAUGACAAACCGCUAAACGGUGUGUACUGCAACGCGUCUUGGGAUACAUUAUACUGCUGGCCACCAACGGAAGCAGGAGUGACCGCUCAAGAAUCGUGUGCGAAUGUGUUCAUAGAUUUUCCCGAUCUCCUCAACUAUCCUGAUGCUUAUGCUUUCCGAGAAUGUGACGAAAAGGGUGUCUGGUUAUGGGGUGGAUGGACGAACUAUUCCCAGUGUCUUCAUGUUAUCGAAAAUCAGACGAACGCAUCAGGUGUUGUUGAGGCUGUGCGAUACAUCACUUUCACCGGAGCCCUCCUCUCGCUCUUUACUCUCACCAUCACAAUCUUCAUAUUCACGUAUUUCAGAACGCUCGAGUGCGAUAGACUAAGGGUCCACAGAAAUCUAGUAUUAUCUCUCAUCAUCCGGUUUGUGGUAAUGUUGAUCAUUACUGAACCUUUCGUCUUCAAUCGCAAAAGCACGACAUACAGAGAUCUGGACUGGCUGUGCAAGACCCUGCUAGCCGUGAGAAUGUACGCCCAGAUGGCGUCGAUCAAGUGGAUGUUCAUCGAAGGUUUGUUCCUUCACUCGAGACUCACCUCCAACGUCUUUGACUCAGGUGCUCCGUUUAGCCUCUACUACUGCAUUGGUUGGGGGAUGCCCACUGGAUUCAUCAUGGCCUGGACCAUCACGAUGUCAAUCCAUUACCCAGUGCAAUGCUGGAAGGGCUACGGAAAUUUAAACUACGUUUGGAUAUUAGUGGGUCCCAUGGUGACCGCUUUGCUGGUCAACUUACUCUUCCUUAUCAAUAUCAUCAGGAUUCUAGUAACAAAGCUACGAGCGAGUGACGCGGUUGAAACCACUCAAGUAAGGAAAGCCAUCAAGGCGACGGUGGUGUUGUUUCCCCUCCUGGGGAUUACCAAUCUCCUCUUCGCCGUUAAUCCUGGGGACAAGGGGGAACUCGAGGGAGCUUACAUGAUCACCAACGCCCUACUGCAGUCAUCUCAGGGCGUCUUCGUGUCCGUCUUAUACUGCUUCCUAAACAGCGAGGUGCAAGAGAUCCUGAAGAAGCGGUGGAGACAGUACCGUCUGCAGCAGAUGGGCUACCCAGCAAACCACCGUCGGAAGAGCACCAAGAGCACCAUCAUUCUCCCGUCGACUUUCUCUCCGAGGACAAGUCCCCAAACGUCCUAUAGAAGUUGUUACCUGUCGCGUAGUGUCAUCGAAAGCAACGCCAUUCAGGAAACUUCGACCGUUUAGAAUUUUUUUUUGUAUUCUUCUUUUUUCAAUGGUCUGCUGGAACUAAGUUAAAAUGUUACUGUCUGAAAACUAGUCUGUUAGAUGGGUAGUGACUGCAAAUCGAGGCUCAUCUGUUCAUGAACUUUAAAGUGUUAAUUGACCUUUAUGAAUAUCAGUAUUAUUUUUGUGUGCAUGAAGCUGUGAAGUCUAACAUUUCCGUACUAGAAGUGUGAAGAACCGUUUCUUAUUUCUCAUCUAUCUCUUAUCAGUAAAAAGACAUGCCAAAGUUUAUAAAGUAUAAAUUCUUCUCUCGAAUCUCUUUCCAUGUGACAUAAGGUGAUAUGAUCAAUGUGCUUCAUUAUCCUCGACCGUCAUCCCAUCACGGUGAACAGGAGACGCCCGUGAUGCGACAAUGGUCCUUAAUCCGCUUGGCUUUCAUGUGUGAUUCGUGUAUGCUAUAAGAGGUUUUUGGAAGUACCUGAUUCUCGGCUAAGAUUAUUGUUAUAUGUUUCAAUGUGUCUUUUCCGUGUACUCAAGAACAAUACGUGAUUGCGUUUGUGCGCAGCAUUGCUUGUGUUAUGUAAAUAUCUAUUUGUAUGAGUGGACGAUAUACUGGUCAGUUAGAUAUGAUAAUUGAUUUUCUGCUAGAAACUUGGUGCCAAGUUGAAAAGUUCCAUUAAAAUACGUAAUGUUUUCCACGGGAUCUUAGCAUACGAAGGAAACUUAGUUAUUGGUGUUACCAAAGACAAAAGCAGAAUCGCUGUGACAGUGUUUGUACAUCAGUUGACAUAAGAGGCCACGAAACAUUGCUCUUUGGGACUUAAUGUGUUAUUAAUGAUCCUUGCUCGUUGCUGGAUACUGAAAGAUGCUUAAACAUUCACCUGCCAGUACUAUGUAUAAAACCGAGGUGCUGGGGAGUGUUAUGCUAUACUUCACUUAGAAUAAACACUGAAACUAUAAUUAUUUUUACAGUUUUUGGCUUUGAAAGUGAAAAAGUGGAUAGACCAUAUCAGAAAAAUAGGUAAUAUUCCAGUCAUUUUUUUUAGAUAAAAAAAAUCAAUGUAGCAAUAACUAGAAAAGAAGUGAAUUGUUUGAUGUACUCCCCUGAAAAUUCCAAAUAACCUUCUGAAAGGCUGCAGCAGCUAUAGAGGUUUCUUUGAUAAUUUUGUUUUUCGAAGACUUAAAGGAACGGGAGGAAUUCGCUCCUCGUUAGAGUGCAAUAACUUUUUUCAGCUAUUUUUAAUCAUCGCUUACUGACUUUCAGUUUUACGCAUGUGGAAUAAACAAGAACCAUCAAUUAAAAAGAGAAAAACAAAGGACAAAAAACGAAGACAUUAGAAGACAGAAAUUUAAAACAACCAAUGUUUUUAGGUUCUAAUUAAGAGAGAAAGACGGAAUUUAACGCUCAUCAUUCAUUUUACCCUUACUCAUAUAUGAUAUAUAAAAUAUAAAGAUGAAUUUCCCUCAUGUUAUUCUUUAUUUAAAGGUCCAUAAUAUUAUAUGGCCUACCAUGGUUCUAUGUAAUUAAGGGUGAUGCGACCUCAUACAUUCAGAUGAGAGGGAAUUCAUCAGUGUAUUAACAUGUAUUAAUACCCGGAUCUCACGUUAUAUAGACUGUAAUUCGUCAGAAUAAUAACUACUUAACAGUUUGAAUAGCUUUUUGCAUUAAUGUAAUUUACUGUAAUAACUGUCCACAUUUUUUACCAAUUGUCGUUAGGCAAAAUACCCCCAGGAAAUGAAAACAUUUGCAUGAGUCAUUUUAUGUGUACCAUUUGAAAUUUUCAUAACCCAAAUAGCACAAAUUAGAGUUUAUUAUGCUCUUCCCCCCUAUAAAAAUAAUCCUUUAUAUAUAUGUAAGUAGCAGAGUUUAUUAUGUGAUUCUAUCAAAAUUCUGCCUUCCUUUUGAUGAAAUGAUGUAAUAUGAAAGUCACAACUGCAUGCGUUGUAUGUUAAAUUUUCACUCAUGUCAAUGUAAUCCUUGAGUUCACAAACUGAAUACUUAUUAUCAGUGUUAGAAAACUAAAUCAUCUGUUUACAGUUGUACUGAAAUUCUCAGCUUUCCGUUUCACCAUGAAUUUGACAAUAAAAUUGAUGGUGACAAAUUUUGACUUUCUCAAAUUUCAAGGGGAGUUGAAUGUUCCUAAUAUACAACUGUACAAUAGAAAUCAAUGGUUAAUUUAAAAAUCCUGAUUGGUGAAGUGAAAUACAUACAUACAUACACACGCACACACACAUACACACAUACACACACACACACACACACACACACACAUAUAU